ACUUGCUUGGCACUGGCUUCCAUUGUGUACACGAUGAAAGAUCAUUUGCAUGUACGUACGUAAAUGCUCUUAAUAUGUAAAAUAAGGCUACGCUCCGGCUGCGUUUGUAAGGAACGUUCAUGCUGCUUGUGCCAUACGGUCGCGGAUUAGGGACAUUCCCUUCUCGACUGUAAAGUGCAGCGUAGUUGAACGUGGCACAUAAUGGCGCGCCACGAACUCAUGAUGUAUCGCUGGAGUUCGUAGGGGGGAAUUCCCGCGCAGUGACUGUAGUUUCCGCUCCAUAAGGACUCGUCAUAGUCUACAUGCAGCGGAUACUGAUUCUCUGCUUACAUGUAUGCCGUGGAAGGGGACUCCUGGCCGUAGAUUUGGGCCGCAGAUCGAAGGCAUACCGUAAACAUUAUCGUAUCAGGACCUUGACCGUGACCUACUUUGAAAGCUGUCUUCGAUAAGCAUGUUUUAAGAACUAAUUUAUGAGCGUGAUGAGAAGUGAACAUACCAACUUCAAGCAACUGGAUUUAUUUCUUCCUGGUGAUCCCCUAACAUUCUAAAUUCUACCUCCGCUCACCCGAUGCCUAAUUGUUAUUCCCCCGUGCCUACCAAAAUGUCUGAAAAGGAGGACGGAGAUGUGUCAAUGUACCACACAAUGCAGACUUUACCCCUCAACUUAUCAGCAUCGGAGAAACCUACGGAAUGUGCAGACAAUGAGGUCACGCGUCCAGGGGUGGAUUCGAACCAGGGACCAGUUAGACCACGAACAGAGAAGGAAGACCGAGCAGGAAUUGCUAGACUGGUGAGUGCCUUCAAUGGUGAUGUCGGUCACGACAACAAACCUGACAAGGGCGGUGGGCCGACGGUGCCGGACCGUGACCUGCAGGUGCCGGCGCGGCCGAGAUCCUCCGCCAGGAAAAGAUCCGACGCCCCGGCGAAGCCUGGCCGGCGGUCGCGCUACGAUUUACCCGUCGGACCGCUGACCAAUGCCCCCGCUGUCAAAUCGGAAUACCGAGCCUGUUACGAGGACGAUCGGAAGGUACCGAGUCCCGUCGCCGAGAGUUCCUGCCGGCCUCUAGUGCCUGUGGUGGGCAUUCGGGCCGCGGCUCAUCCAGCCGAGCCGUCGAACAAGGCAGGAUGUCCAGGGGAAUCGCAGGUCAAGUUCGGCCACCAGUUACCGGCCAUGGUCGCUUGCCCUCGACCACAGAGUCAGUCAGGAAAUGACGGCAAGAAGAUAGCAGCGCAAAGGAAGGCACCAGGGAACGGCCAGCGUGCCCGUGCCCCAGCACCUCAGCAAAUCCAGCAGCAACCUCAGCGGCAACAGCCCCAGCAACAGCCCCAGCGGCAGCCCCAGCACAUUACCGUGGAUCCAAGUUACAAUCUGUACAUGGCAGUCGAAUGCCACCGCGCCACGGCCCAGGAUGAGGACGGCGACACACCGCUUCACAUUGCUUUAUCUCAAGAGGAUGUGGAUGUGAGGCUCAUCUGCCGGCUCGUGGAACUCUUCCAACUAGCUAGGAAAUCAUUGGAUGUGUUCAAUGAUAUGCAACAGACCCCACUUCACAUUGCGGCCAUUACCGGCAAUCCAGCUGCGGCGCGCAUCCUGGUGGAACACGGUGCCAAUCCGAACGAGACGGAUCGCAACGGCCAGACGGCCAUGCACAAUGUCUGUUCGAAUCCUUCCCAGGGCGCCUGCGGCACCCUGGAGGCCAUCUUGCGGUACGCCAAGGUCGACCUCCAACUAGACAAGAGGAACUACGGUGGAUUUACCCCUAUGCACAUAUCGGUUAUCAACGGCCAGUAUGGGCUGACUAAGUUGUUGAUUGACCACGGAGCAAACGUCAACUGCCCGGAUGCCAAGAGCGGUUGGACGCCACUCUUCCACGCCGUGACAAGGCAGGACGCCGAGCACGUGCAGAUCCUGCUAGGUGGCAACGCACAGGUCAACAUGCAGUCAUACUCGGGCAACACGGCCCUCCAUGUGGCCACGGGCCGGGGCUUCUCCGACAUCGUCCGCCUCCUCAUGCGCUACGGUGCCGACAUGAGCCUCAGGAACACACACAAGGACACGCCGGGGAUGGUGGCGACCGACGGCAGUAUGUCCAACAUCCUUCGAGGCAUUGCUCCAUCUAGCCCUUCCCUGGGUUCCGGUGGAAGCCCACGCUACUCUUCCCCAAGCCCCCACCAAUCGACUCACCUCACUAACGGGGUUCUGCUCACUAAACAGUCCCCUUCCCCGCAGAGCAUCAACCACUGUGCCCCUUCCCCCACGGUAGCACCCCAGGUGAGACCUGGUGACAAGAAGCCAGCGGAGAGAUCCCAGAGGGGUGGGAGGCGGGAGAGGAGCUCCCGCCGAUCCAGUGCUGCCAAGGCUGAGAGCGUCACGGAUGGACAGACUGUACCGCUGAUGGUUCCCAUCACUGGGACACCGUCCAGCAGCUCACCAAGCAUCAAAGACAGCUCCGAUGAUGCAACCUCAGCAACCUGUCGGGCAUCUGUCAUCGUCGCGCCCAAAUCUCUCAAACGACGGAUAAUCGAGCGAACUGAGCGCGAGGUGAGAGGAAAAGGCUCAGAGUCCAUUUCCACGGGGUCAGAUAUCCCGGAUAAGAAACCUAAGACGGAGCCCAAGCAACCCAAUGGAGGUUCCGGCAGCGUUAACGGGCAGUCAGAGUUACAACAUCCUUUGCUGUCCCUGGACAACAGCAGAGAGUCUCAACCGUCGCCUAGCCAAGCAGAGCCCAUGGACCUCACCAAGCGCAAGGCAGAUGAAACCAUCCCCCCGAGAGAUCCUCCUCCGAGCAGUCCCACCAGCAGCGCGUCGUCGUUUUCCAUCGGUGAGGACAAGACGAGACCAGGAGAGAUGACGGAGCAGUGCCCACAAAAUGAGGUGGCCUCCGAUGAGAAGGUAGAUGCGAAUGAGGAAACUCUAGAGGCGGCAGAUUCAGAGAAAGAGCCAGAAGAUGGCGAUGCAAGAGAUGAGGCUACAGAGACAGUUGAGAAUGCUUCCAGGAGUACCUCCUCCAAGAAAGAAAAGAAGAGGCAAAUGGGUGAGGAACUGCCACCGAAAAAGAGAAAGUAGGCCUCAAUAAGUAAGAUUCCAAACUGUAGAAGCUGCAUCGUUGCCCUGUUUCCUCCAGAAGAAAAAUUAGCGAAGCGGUGACAUUAAAGUGUUUGAAUAGAUUUACAACAUCAAUUGACCAAUCAGGGUUUUCUGGGGGGACCUGAACAAUUCAAAUUUGUAAAUAAUAUUGUAAAAACAAAAAU